AUGGAUCAGCCAGUGAGGAAGAGAGGUAGACCUCAAAUAACGAAGGAAUACACCAAUCCGUUGGAAAGUCCCAUGGCUCACUCUUCAAUGAAAGUGCAAAAAUUAGGCGCUUCGAGUUUUUCUAGACCAAUGAUGAAGGUGGGUCAGGUUAAUCCUUCACCAAGAAUCAGGAGGACCAGUAGUAGCUCCGGUGCAGCCGGUAGCGACACUCCGUUGAGCGGACCUGGUUCGACUGCCAAGGGUAGAUACAGAGGAAAGUUGUUGACAACGCCCACGAAGAGGCCAACUGUGAACCGGUCUUGUACUCCGAGUUCCGUUUCGUCAUCGAGCGAUAGUAUUUUCCAUUCAUCAUCGAAGAUGUCUUUAAAGAGCUCUCCGCCAGUUGCAGCAUAUGAUUGUUCGGAAGAUAAGGUCCAGGAAGAAGAUUUUCAACAGUUCAAGUUCUCCCUAACGAUAGGAGAGAAUGGUAGGGCUUCUAUAGCGGGAUCUUCACCACUUACCUCACCUAUUAAGGAAAAUGCUAAGGUGAGAAAACCAGAAGUGACGACUGGAGCUUCUCAAACAACUAUCUCCACUAGUGAAAAAAGCCGUGUUUUGAGCUUGCUAAAGCAGAUGAGAAACUCUACCGUAUCGCAGAAAAAGGGUAUAGCUCCUGAAGUUCAGGAUGAGCCUUUCAAAUCGAAUAAUGGAACGUCAAUGUCAAUGUCCUCGAUAAUAAAAUCACCUCAACCUCCGUCUACUCCAAGAACUUCAUUCGCGAUGAGAACAGGUUUUACCCCAAAUACAAGCGUAGAUCAAGUUCUAUUGGAUAUUGUUUCCACUCCUAAAGCUGGUCUUUACAGUGGAAACGAGGGCCAUCUCAUGAAUCUUGGCCUUCCAUCAAACGUUGUCACUUUUUCGCCCAGGAAUAGAAUACCUUCGAGGAAGAACCAAGAGGGCAAGGUACUACAGGACAAGUUGGAGGCACAAAGGCAACAAUACGUUUUCAAAUUUUCUAGCGCCGAUCCGCUGCUGCUUACAGAUGACGUGGAAGGGAAUUGGGCUGAAGUAAUAUAUAACCAGUCACAGGGAUCGCCAAAACAUCAUUUAUGUUUCAACACGCCACCUUCGUGGGUUAAUUGGGGCUCACCAAGAGCUUUCAGCCCGCAAAGACAGGAUUCCAACACCGUUUUCAUUUCAGCGUGCCAGGGUUCUGCUGUUGAUAGAAGUCGAUUUAACAGAACUCAUCCCCAGGAUAAUAAUUUUAGCGUAAACUCUUCUCCAAGUCGAGAAACAACAUCGGCUAGGGCCCGUUUAAGUUUAGGUAAUGCGGAUAAGAUCUUAGGCGAACCUUCCACGCCGAAGACUCAAAACGCACCUAUCACAUCAGCAGUCGGUUACACACCACUUAUUCAACAAACGAUGAAUGGAUCACUGACGGCUAAAUACAUCCCAGGUUUGCUCGCUAAGAGCCCUUCGGGCGAUACAAUGACAGAUCAAAUCAAAUCCGUAUCCAUAGGAUCCGAACAGGAGGACGCAAGGGUAGCUUUAAAAAGGCUUGUAGCAGAUAGGUAA